AUGAGCGUAUAUUAUCUGUUGGAGCAAAAUGUAAAAAGCCUAACAGAAUCAAUCGAGUUUGCGCAUGCAGAAUUUAGGGAUUUGAAGGAGGAAAUGGUGAAAAGAAAGGAGACAGAGCGAGAAAACUUCUCGUGGAUCAAGGAACUGGAAGAUUCAAACCGGCGUUUACAAGACAGUGUGGUCGACCUCAAAGCGAGAUCAAUGCGCGACAACCUGUUGUUCCAUAAUAUUGAUGAAUCAGAAGAGGAAGAUUGCACUGAAGUGAUCUAUAGCUUGUUGGAGGAAAAACUUGAUAUUCCCGAAGCAAGAAGAAGCAUCAACAUCGAUCGAGCGCACAGAGUUGGUAGGAAAUAUGAUGGCCGCAGAAAACCGAGAGCCAUCGUUGCAAAAUUUUAUUUUUUCCCCGAUCGGGAGGAAAUUCGCUUCAAUGCAAAAAAAUUAAGGGGAACAAAGAUCGGUAUCUCCGAAUAG